UCAUCUCAUUAAAAUACAUCAGUUAUUGCAUAUCGAAUCACGAUGGACGACGCCACCUUAUAUUCCAAAUAUCACAGCAUGCAAACGAAGGACGUUAAUUUCGUAUUAGAAAAUUACAUAAAAACAAUAAAGUGGAAAAGUAGUGAGUCAAUAUUGGACGUAGGAUCUGGUUCUGGUGAAGUGACCAUGCAACUGUUAGCUCCAGUACUUCCACACGACUUUGAAAAACUUGUUGGAUUGGAUAUUUCACCGGAGAUGACGACAUAUCAUCCGAAGAUAUUACCAAUACGAUAAAAGAAAAAUUCGAUCAUAUAUUUUCGUUUUUCUGCUUGCACUGGAUUCAAAAUCACAAACAAACUUUAAAAAAUUUGUACAAUCUUCUAAAAGCGG